UCCUCAGUACUGUUUACGUGCUCAAACGGUGAGGUCAAAUACUUCCUCCUACCAGCUCCAAAAUUUCAAAAUUUUUUCAGUUCACUUUUAAAAACUACCCUAAAUACACUCUUAUCGUUAUGAAUCGCGUUCUGGAGGAUGUGAUCCGCCAGAAUUCUACAAUGGUGGAUCGCAUCACCGUGGAGCAUACUCAUGGCUAUGUGGUUUCCGAUAACAUGGCCAAUGCGGUGGCCGAGUCCUCGUUUGAUAAUACCAGUGCCCAGGCGAUAGUUAAGCAUGUUAAUGGACUCUUGGUUGGCACCUGCCAGAGCCUGGUGCGGGACAUUGAUCCUGCGAACAGGCUGUGCUUCCUGAGGCUGGCCACCCGCAAGUUUGAGUAUCUGGUAGCACCGGAGGAGUAUUUCACCAUCACCGUCGUUCAAUAACAAGUUAACACAAGUUGCCAGUUUCUCAAGAGCACAUUUAUUUAGACAAGAUUUCGAAAACAUAUAUUUGGGCAUAACAACAUAAUGUGGCUCUCGAUUAUAACUCCAACACGUAUAGCAAAUAAUUUGAACGGUGGUUAUAUUCUGUUCUGAUGACCUAUUUAACACUUUGUUGAUCUGAUAUACACUCCGUGACGAUAAUUUUGGGUCGUAUCUAUUUUCUUCUGAUCAUAUAUGUAGGAUCGGUUGCUUAUGAUUUUUCGCCUUGCAGUGGCUUACUUCGGCUGAAGUAAUAUUGAUGUCAUUUCGCUCUCAUUUAUUCGACGAUGUAGGAUAAGGUUAUUCCCAAGAUGUACUGAUAAAGUCUUUACCGCAUAAUCUAUAAAAGUUGCCUAAAACUUUUAGGAAUAACUUUCUAAAAUACUGCCGACGGGGAAAGGUUUAGGACCUUGUUCCUAAAAUCUCUAGGCAAUUUGAGAACUUUAAAUGUUAAUGAAAUUGUUCUGAUUUGUGACCGCAUUGGACAAUUAGCAAAUACCUUUUAACAAUUAUUCAAGACUAAGGAAAUACAAAAAAAUGUUCGGCAA